AUGGAUCCCUCUUUCGGCGAGGAUCCCGUCUGGAUCACCAACGACGAUGCUCUGUCAGAUGUAUCAGACCUCGAAGAAUCAAUCGAGCUCCCCGAUCCUCCAAAGCCAGAAGAACCAAAAUGCGGAGAGAUCUUUCGCACCACUCACCCCGAAAAUUGGGCCAUAGACACAGAGAGCUCAUGCCUGUUCUUCUGCAAACCCAAGUUAUCUUUUCAGCUCCAGCAAUGCUCUUCCUGGAAUCAGGGUUCUACGUUCCCGGCCUUCAAUCUCUGGCGUCCUGCUCCAUAUGUCGGGACCACCCUCACACAGCUAGGACCGGAUCCGAUCAAGCUGAACAGCAACGAUCUUAUUGUCACCGGUUCCGAUGAGGAUACCGAGAAUCUCAAAUCUAACGAUACGGGAGCCAUCGUCUUCACCGAGGAAAAUGUCACCGCCGCUAUUGAUAUCGAUCGUCCAGGUCUCUUUUGCUGCUCUGUGUGCUUCUCCUACCGUGGGAAAGUGAUCCUCGACAACGGCGAGCGCUGGAAAUUCAAUGAAAUCGACAUUGACCACCACCAUUUUGCGCGUGAAUACGAUCCAAGCGAGGCUUAUAGUAAAGCCAAUGCGAAGAGUCUUGUGUGGAUGUUUUACCAUAGCUCGAGGCCUGAAAUGAUGAACGGGGUUCCUGAAGAUUUGCCCUUCCCUAUGGACCUCGAUACUCGCAUUUGUCGCGUGAAAAGGUCCGCGAAUUUUUCAGAUGCUGGUGCAGAGGGCCCUGUUCUUGCGGUGAUGAAUCGAAAUGGUAUUGUCUGUUGCCAAGGGAUGGAGAAGAACCAAGAGAUCGAGACGGAUAAUAUUCGGGAGUUGGUCUUGAUGACUGCUCUUGCGAUUGCGCAAUAUGAGAGGUGGCUUUAA